GAUGAACGAAAGAUGGGUAUAGGUACAUCAUCUCUGUUGGUUUGGCUGAUUUUAAAACUUGUAUUGGGCUCUGACCUACCAGCAAUAGUUGAAUCCAUGGGAAGCCGGCAUGGGUGUGAGCAGUAUCCCAGCGAAAUCCAUUGGAUCUCUGAGAAAACAAGUGCACUGGUCAUUGGCAAAAGUGAAGAUUCCGUCCAGGUCUGCAGGUUGAAAUUUGGACUGGCAACAAAGAAGGAAGGUGCUCGGCUGCGGCUCAGCUUUGACUUCAUCUACAACCAAGCCUGUGGCGUGUUCCUGCAGAUCAAUGAAUCAGUGACCAGUGACUUCACGAAUUCAGACACCAACAGGGAGAUGAUGAUGUCUGGGUGUAACACCCGAGAUCCUGGCCCGCUAUUUGCACAGCCCAAGAACUUUGUCUUAAUUAGCCUUGUCAAGAGCAGCUAUGUACUAGAGGCCUACAACUUCCGAUUGAAUAUUUCAAUGGCUGAGCAUCUACCUGCUAGAGGCCCGCAGCUGCAUGUGGUGAUCAUUGUAGGGUUUGUGCUGUUCACUGUCGUCAUAUUGGUGGCCAUUUUGCUGUUUAAGUAUAUCACUCGGCUGUCAUACCACUGGCACGACCGCCGGGUGGAAGAGGCAGCCACAAGACCCAUCAGUAUUUAUACCUCGCAGGAACAUUUACAGAGGCCCAAUCAUACUUACACAUUGAGGCCUGCAGGUGGUCAGCAGCCUAUAAAAAAUCCUCCAGGGGCAAGAUUUUGUCUUCUUAAUGGUGACAAGAGAGAAUUUCCUAACAGGAAUCCUCAAAGUUUUAUAAAGCCAGAAGCCAGGGUGAACUCUCUGGAGCUUCAAAAUCAUCAUGCUUCAGGACGACAGGUGCCAGCCACUUCAUCUCAACAAGCCAUGGAUCUGGAAUCACUGUUAACCCCUGGUACCGGUGUUGAGUUUACUGAUACAGCCUCCCUAGGAGGGUGUGAUAUUCCUCCGUCGUACGAGGAAGCUCUAAGGAUGCCGUUGGCUGCAGAUGUUGAUAAAGAUAUGGACGAUGACGGCUUGGAUGUUGCCAUGGGGGGUAGGUUAGAGUUGGACGGUUUUAAUGUUGAGCCAGGUGGAGAUAUGCAGAGUGCCCGAAAGAAAAGCGAAGACAAGGGAAGUAAAAACAGCGAACAGGACACUAACAUAGGGACUAGUUAG